CUCUCUAAAAAAAAAAUAUCUGUGGCUUUUCUAUGGCGCUGAGCAAGGAGCAGUAACCUGAUGUAGCUAAGCUAGCGUUAGAUAGCUAGGUUAGUUAACCUACGCAGUGUCCAGGGUUAGUGUCCAGGCCUGAGCGCUGUUUAUAAAGGGAAUAAAUGUGUGAAUAAACAGGUUUAAUGGUAGUGUUUAAGAGAAUGAGGGCUGUUUAAUGCGAUAGCUGAGUUAAACUAGCUGAGGGCAGAGUCAUGGCGCUGCUGCUGCUCCGGUGCGGCAGCAGAUCCAGUAAAUACAGUAACGUUAACAGUAUCCGCAGCGGCUGGGCUCUGAGCUCCCGCAGCUCCUGUUCACACCUGAGGACAGGUAAAGCCCUGCUCGAUACGCCCAUCCGGGUCUCUCCUACCUGCAGCAGGUGCGGAUCUGCGGGGCUGUUUAUUCAGCAGAGCCGGCGAGGUCUGAAAUCAGGAGUUUUACAGCAACUCCUGAACAGACCACUGAGUGCAGAGUUUCAGGGCCUGAGCAGAGCAGUGUGCAGAAACAGCCUGGGAACUAAUCCACUGGGUCUGUGGAAGAUCCUUGGUGGUAUAAAUUAUUUCAGCACUUCUUCUAGAAAACAAGACAAGAAAGAUGGAUCAAAAGGGAAAACGCCCGAAGAGGACGAAGAGGAAAAGAGGCGUCGUGAGCAGGAGGAGCAGAUAUACCGCGAGCGCGUGCGCACCCUCGUCUUUAUCGCCAUCAUCAUGAGUCUGCUGAACUCCAUCAACACCAGCGGGGGGAACAUCUCCUGGAGCGACUUUGUGAACGAGAUGCUGGCCAAGGGGGAGGUGUCGUGGGUGCAGGUGGUCCCAGAGAGCGAAAUGGUGGAGAUCCACCUCCACCCGGGGGCGGUGAUCUUCGGUAGACCUAAGCUGGCGCUGAUGUACCGCAUUCAGGUGGCUAAUAUUGAUAAGUUUGAGGAGAAGCUGCGAGCUGCGGAGGACCAGCUGAAUAUAGAUGCUAAAGACAGAAUACCGGUGUCCUACAAACGCACCGGCUUCUUCGGCAAUGCACUCUACUCUCUGGGUAUGGCUGCUAUCGGAGUGGCGAUCCUGUGGUACAUUUUCCGGCUGGCGGGGCUGGGGGUCAGAGAGGGGGGAUUCGGUGCAUUCAAUCAGUGGAAAAGGGCGAAGUUCACCAUUGUUGAUGGGAAAUCUGGGAAAGGUGUGAGUUUUAAAGAUGUAGCCGGGAUGCAUGAAGCUAAGAUGGAGGUGAAGGAGUUUGUGGACUACUUGAAGAAUCCAGAGCGGUACCUCCAGCUGGGAGCGAAGGUUCCUAAAGGUUCUCUGCUGCUGGGGCCGCCGGGCUGUGGGAAAACUCUGCUGGCUAAAGCAGUGGCUACUGAGGCCCAGGUGCCCUUCCUCGCCAUGGCCGGAUCAGAGUUUGUGGAGGUGAUUGGAGGUCUUGGGGCGGCGAGGGUGAGGAGUCUGUUUAAGGAAGCUCGGUCUCGGGCUCCCUGCAUCGUCUACAUCGAUGAGAUUGACGCUGUGGGUAAAAAACGAUCCAACAACAUGUCUGGAUUCACCAACACAGAGGAGGAGCAGACCCUCAACCAGCUGCUGGUGGAGAUGGACGGUAUGGGAACCACUGAUCAUGUGAUUGUCUUGGCGUCGACCAACCGAGCAGACAUUCUGGACAAUGCACUGAUGAGACCUGGCAGACUAGACAGACACAUAUUUAUUGACCUCCCCACUCUCCAGGAGAGGAAGGAGAUCUUUGAGCAGCAUCUGAAGAUACUGAAGCUUUCUCAGCCUGCUGACGUCUACUCCUUACGGCUGGCUGAGCUCACACCUGGCUUUAGUGGUGCCGAUAUCGCAAACAUUUGUAAUGAAGCUGCUCUUCACGCAGCCAGAGAGGGACACAAAUCCAUCGACACCUUCAACUUCGAGUAUGCAGUAGAGAGAGUUAUAGCAGGAAGUGUAAAGAAGAGUAAGAUCCUGUCUAAAGAGGAGCAGAGAGUGGUGGCCUUUCAUGAGUCAGGCCACGCCCUCGUCGGCUGGCUGCUGGAACACACUGAAGCUGUAAUGAAGGUAUCUAUAGCUCCCAGGACCAAUGCGGCUCUGGGUUUUGCUCAGAUUCUGCCUAAAGACCAGUACCUGUUCACUAAAGAGCAGCUGUUUGAGAGGAUGUGCAUGGCUCUGGGUGGAAGAGCCUCAGAAGCCAUCACCUUUAACAAAGUCACUACAGGUGCUCAGGAUGAUCUGCGGAAGGUGACGCGGGUGGCGUAUGCGAUGGUGAAGCAGUAUGGCAUGGUGCCCAGCGUGGGUCACGUGUCCUUCCCUGAGUCAGAGGUGCAGGGUCCUCUCGGACGCAGGCCUUUCAGCCAGGGCCUCCAGCAGAAGAUGGACCAUGAGGCUAAGAUGCUAAUCGCUCAUGCUUACAGAAAAACUGAGAAGCUGCUGCUCGACAACAGAGAUAAACUGGCCGUGUUGGCCAACGCUCUGCUAGAGCGGGAGGUGGUGAACUAUGAGGACAUCGAGGCUCUGCUGGGCCCGCCUCCCCACGGGCCCAAAAAGAUGAUUGCCCCACAGAGCUGGAUCGAAGCAGAGAAAGACAAGCAGGACACGGGCGAGGAGGAACCCCGCCGUCCCCAGAGACCCCCGAGGAAGGACGAGGAGGAGGAAGUCAAUCCAGGACCAGCGUGAAGCCCAAUCCAGACAAACCGCCCUGCGUAGCGAGAGGACAGAGCUCCUGCCAGGACAGUCUGGACUGCUCAUAUUCGCUGCUUAUUAAUAAUAAUAAUAUUCAGAAAGAGUGGCUUUCUGCUGCAGAUCUGUGAUAAGCUCAUUUAUCAAUACCUGUGUAAGAAAAACGGUCAGGAUAUUGUUUAUCGUUUAAACAGCUGUUAGAUUUUAUUCCUCCAAGCGCGCUGUGAUGCUACUCGGUAAUGCUUCAUCAGAAGCAGCUCAAAAAAUAGAAGCGCACAUGUAUCGGAGGAGGCAUGUGCUCUACACCCUCCUGGUGUGUUGGGGCAUCACUAAUGACAGGGGGAGUCCUAAUGAGUUGGUUGGGUCAUUGGCUGUGCAAAAUUGGGGAGAAAACUGGAAAAAUUAGAAAUAAAAAUAACAAAAUAAAAAAACAGCUGUUAGAUUUUAAUUCAUAUCAUUAAACCUCUGUUAUAGAAAAAUAUCACAGCAGAUCUAUAAUUUAUAGAACUGCAGCCCAGUAGUUUAAAGCCCUGUUCAGGUUAACUCACUAAACAGCAGUGAAGAUGCUCUUAUUUAAUGACAGAGAGUGACGUACGCACUGUUUGCUUAUUUAUUUAAGAGUUCACCUCUUAUAAGUGCAGGCAUCUGUGAUGAGCCUCGUUAUAAGCGUUAGAAAAAGCACUUGACUGAUGUAGAAAUAAACACUGCUUAAGUGGAUUCUGACCUUUUGUAAACAGGUUGAGAUGUAACAGAUGGAGUGAUGUGAUGGAAUUCAUUAUUUUAUUCAGCCUCAUGUUGAAUAAAUUAUAUUUUGUGUA